AUGCAGCCAAUAGCUGACCAAAAGUUCUUCAAUCAGACUUUACCCAACGCUAAUUCGACAAAAUACUCACUCAAGCUGGGCAUGGGAUCACUUACAAAUUCAACCACAUCUGAAAUUCGGUGGAACACCACGCUACUGACAGCUCUAAACGACGACAUGUUUCGCCGUCUUGCGCCAGCUGUGGCGUUUCUGGUGGCCACAAUGGUGGUUGGCGCUGUAGGAAAUAUCAUCGUCUGCUACAUCUUCUGCCGGAAGUUGCGGCCAAGUAGCCAAAACUUCUUGUUGCUGAGCCUGGGUAGCUUUGAUUUAGCCAGUUGUUGUAUUGGAAUUCCGUCGGAGAUCUUUGACAUUCGUCAUUAUUACAUGUACGAAUCUCUGAUCGGGUGUAAAACUAUGAGGUUUCUGACAACGCUACCAAACCUGGCGUCCGUGUUGAUGCUGCUAGUGAUAGCAGCAGACAGGUACCGGAAAAUCUGCAAGCCCCUUCAUCAUCAGAUGCAUCGAUGCCACGUCAAAAUCUCCUUGGUGAUCAUCGUAGUCUUCGCUUCGCUAUUUUCCACUCCUACUCUCUUCAUUUACGGACACAGAAUUUUGCCAACACCAAUCCCUGGAGAAUUUGGCUACGAUUGCUCAAUUAGCGAAACCCAUCGAAGUCAGCAGUACCAUGUCAUGUACGAGGGGUUGUUUUGUGCGCUGUUCAUCGUCUGCACAGUAGCGCUGGUGUUGAUAUAUGUGAAAAUAUGGAGAGAGACUAAAAGACAUAUAAAAUACAUGAAAACUCAUGCUAUGUUCGGGUCAGGGUUUUUGGGAGACAAGUACAAUGCGUCUUCAGGGACUUCAGAUGAAAAUAUUUCGGAUUCACGGCGAAAUUCGGAAGCGACUUCUAUGAACUCAGUAGGCGUUCAACGUUGUUUCAUCUGUGUUCGUGGAAAGACCAGAAAGAAAUGUGUACAGCUUGUAGAUGUGGAUGCAUCGAAAUCAGUAGUCACUCCAGUAAUUAAACUAAAUAGUCCUCAAAUGGGAAGGGCAAAUAGCGUCGUACCCGAAUCUUACAGUAGUGUACUGAAAAUUAAACAUAAAACAGCCGAUGUUUCCACGCCAAGCGAAGUGUUUGAACUGGGUCUUGCAAAUAAAAAGGAAAACGUAUCACUGGGUUGGUUCCCUAAUAGUGAUAAUGACAUACAGUGUGGGGUUCCAGAGGGAAUAAACAACGAGGAAGAGGAGCGUCAGAUUUAUGACGCCACUGAUGAUGACGAUCCAUUUCUUGGUGAUAUUAAACAGCGCAAAAAAUCUGAAUCGCUUUCAAAUUCCUUUGAAAACCGGGCUGAGGACCACCGGAAGUCAGAUACUAAGCCAGGCAGCAGAAGACCUAAAUCAUGUAUAUAUUCUUUAGAACCACAAUGCAACAGUCAGGAUACGGAUAAACAAAGCUCCAAGUUUUCUGAUACUAAACACAACAAAAGUUUUCAGUUAUGUUUAUAUUCUAAGGAACGCAAUAACGACAAUGAAGAUGAUCGACAGUCCAUACUUUCGGACAAUAAUGAAGUCGACGAUAUUCCUGGAUCAGUUUUACAUUCUAUGGAAACAAAUUCCAAAGUCCGUGAUGUACCACAAGCUAUAACACCUACAGAUCCCGUUUGCCAAGAUCACAGGUGUAACAACCUUCGUGAAAAGACGCAACGAAACAUCGAACAGUAUUCUCUCAGUAGACAAGACAGCUACAGUUCGCAAAGCUGUAGCGAUAACGAAAGUGUAGAAUUAGAUAAUUUCCAGUCCAAACGUGUAUCAUUUUCCAGGGAUCUAGAUGACUGUGAUUAUUCUCCGCCAGUUAUAGACGUCCUUGAAGUUUCAGAAACUAACUGCCUUAAACUGCAAAGAAGCAGAUCUGAUCAAUCGCUUUUGUCUGCGAAGAGAUCGAAGAAAGCCCUACGAUCAACAAGAAUGACAAUCCUUGCUUUCGCUAUUACUCUUGGUUUUAUUAUCAGUUAUCUCCCUUAUUUAAUUUUGGCCCUUCUCCGCUCUGUGGUAGCAAAUUUCGGACACGAAUUUGACGAUGUUUCUCUCAAUGUUUAUAAUAUUUUCUUACGUUCAUACUUCGCCAACAACGUGAUCAAUGUUUUUGUUUAUAGUUUCAUGCAUUUGGAGUUUAGAACGCAGCUGUCACAUCUCUGGAAGAGGUUGACUCGUUCAGGCCCUGGAGAUCGCAACUGUCACAUCUCUGGGAGAGUUUAA